AUGGAGUUCUCCGGAUCGCAUACUCCACCCGAUUCACCAACUCACUCAGAUCUUCAUACAAACCCUCCCUCCCGAUACCUCAACCUUGCAGAUGCCACAUACCCUUACCGUUUUGAUCACGGCGAUAGUCCUUCAAUCACUCUUGUCGCCGAUCUACUCACCACCGAAAAUUACACAACCUGGUCCCGUGCGAUGAAACGUGCCUUACGAGCUAAGAAUAAGCUCAGUUUCAUCGAUGGCACCUUAACCAAACCCAACCUUCCUGAUGACCCCUUAAUCGACCUCUGGAAUCAUUGCAAUGAUAUGGUAGUGUCAUGGAUUCCAAACUCCAUCACUCCCUCUCUCAAAUCCAGUGUUGCCUUCGUCGACGAUGCAUACGAGAUUUGGAUGGAUCUUCAUGAGCGGCUGUCUCACCAAAAUGGACCCCGAAUCUCCCAAUUGAAGAAAGUUUUGGCUUCUCUUUCCUAA